AUGCCUGUCCGCACCAGGAGCAUGCGUAACCCGGAGGAUGAAUUGAAAUACUUUUAUCAAAAAUCGGCGGCCGAGAAAGAAGCCUACUGGAAGCGUGGUCUAGAACUUGCCGUCGGGAUCUCACUUUUCCCAGAUGUGAAUGGAGCACGCAUCAAUUCGCCUCAGGAACCACCACCAGAGCCAACGAAAUAUAUGACGCAAGAGGGCAAAAGUGUUAUGGCCGCAGUUGGCGAUUUCAAAGCUUGGAUCGAACGUAUGGAAGAAGAGCGUGACAAGCGCUACUUCCGCCGUCGCUUCGUCCAGCUUGAGUUUGUUCUAUUCAUUGUGUACUACAAGGACAAGUGCACGAACCAGGCCCUUCUCGUGGAGAAACACUUCUCAAAGUUCGAAGCCAUGCGCGCUUGGCUGUUGGGGAAAUUGUACGUGAAGCUUGACGAGGAAGAAGCCGCCAGGGAAAAGAAUCCGGCUAAGCCAACGCCCGUCUCCCUGGAAUGCCGACUCCCUGAAUGCUUUUGUCACGACAUCGACACGGAGAAUAUGCCGGAAAUUCCCAGCCUAGAUAUGGAAUUC